CGCACGAGCGGCGCUCAGUUCUUUGAGGGUAGUUAGUUGGACAACGGCGUUGCCGAAAACGGGCCACCUCAGCUGCCGCACAAUACAUUUUUGGCCAUGUACAUAAAACAAAAACCCGUUUAAGUCAUACACAAAAUGCAAUUAGCCAGCGAGCGCACGCCACAAAAGUCAACAAACUAACUAAGCCAGUGUCAUCAACUAAAUUAGUGCAAGCAGCUAGCCGACCGGAACCGGAAAUGCCCAUUGAGCCGCCUGACAACAACGACAACGACAAACACCAACACGAACGCAAUCACAAGCGCAAUCACAAGCCCAACUGCUGCAUUGGCAACGUCCAUAAAGCCGAGCAACAAAUCGCCCACACACACAUGUAGUUGCAGCGCGAGUGCGUCAGUGUGUGCGGGCUUUGAAAACCGGAAGCGGAAGUCGAGGCGGAGGAUCGGAAGAAGAAGAAGGAGGAGCAGGAGCAAGAGGAGCAGCGGAAGGAGCAGAUAGAUUAGACAGUUUUCAUUCGCCCGCAGUUCGUUAAGGAAAAUCAUUCAAAAUUCAUCGCCUAAGCAAAGCGGAUGCCGCACAAGAGAGAGAGAGAGAGAGAGUCGCGAAUAGAUCAAUCAAUUAAUCAAUCAAAACCGAGCAUAUCAACCGAGAGGCCAAUACAACAUCCAGAGAACCGAAAUCAAAGUUCAACGUUGCAUUUAAAGUGUCCGGUGGCCGAACUUCCACUUGCACUUGCACUCCGUGAUUGUGUGAUUGCAUGCCGCGGAUGAGCCGCGGAUUAUGUCACGUGACGAAUAUAAUCCAGUAACUAGCUCUGGUGUGCGCAGUCCGGGUCGCGUGCGGCGUCUCCAGGAAUUGCCGACGGUCGAUCGAUCCCCAUCCCGGGACUACGGCGCUCCACGCGGAAGUCCUUUAGCAAUGGGCAGUCCAUACUACCGCGACAUGGAUGAGCCAACAAGUCCGGCCGGAGCGGGACACCAUCGCAGCCGGAGCGCCAGCAGACCACCGAUGGCCCAUGCCAUGGACUAUCCAAGAACCCGCUACCAAUCUCUGGAUCGCGGUGGACUCGUGGAUCCCCACGACCGCGAGUUCAUACCCAUUCGGGAGCCCCGCGAUCGCUCCCGUGACAGAUCCCUCGAGCGGGGACUGUACCUAGAGGACGAGCUGUACGGCAGAUCGGCGCGCCAGAGCCCCAGUGCCAUGGGUGGCUAUAAUACGGGCAUGGGCCCCACUUCGGAUCGAGCUUAUUUGGGCGACCUGCAGCACCAGAACACCGACCUGCAGCGGGAGCUGGGCAACCUCAAAAGGGAGCUGGAGCUGACCAACCAGAAGCUGGGCAGCUCGAUGCACAGCAUCAAGACCUUCUGGUCGCCGGAGCUCAAGAAGGAGCGGGCCCUGCGGAAGGAGGAGAGCGCCAAGUACAGUCUGAUCAAUGAUCAGUUGAAGUUGCUCAGCACGGAGAAUCAGAAACAAGCCAUGUUGGUGCGCCAGCUGGAAGAGGAGCUGCGUCUGCGGAUGCGGCAGCCCAACCUGGAGAUGCAGCAGCAGAUGGAGGCGAUCUAUGCGGAGAACGACCAUCUGCAGCGGGAGAUCAGCAUUCUGCGCGAGACGAUCAAGGAUCUCGAGUGUCGGGUGGAGACGCAGAAGCAAACGCUGAUUGCCCGCGACGAGAGUAUCAAGAAGCUGUUGGAAAUGCUCCAGGCCAAGGGAAUGGGCAAAGAGGAGGAGCGUCAGAUGUUCCAGCAAAUGCAGGCCAUGGCCCAAAAACAGAUGUACAAUAACUACACGGGCGCCAGCGGAAGCAGUCCCCCAUUGCCGGACAUUAUCGGGCAGUACUACGGUCCGGGACCCCUGUCCUACGGAUCGGCCAAUGGUUACGGCCCCCUCGGCGGCGGCGUCGGCGGCGGUGGCUACGACCUGUACGGCCCAUCGACUUCAACGGCAGCAGCGGCAGCCGGUGGAUACGGACUGUACGAUCCGCAGAUAUACGGACCCUGCCAAACAUCGCCGAUCCGGCGAAGGCGGUAUAGCAUCGCCGGCCUGCCGUCGGCCACCAUGUACAAUGAUGUCUACGGCUAUCCGGCGCCACCGUUGCAACAGACCAGCUCCUCCAAUAUCGUCAAUCUGCUGAACGAGGCCCACAAGUCGAUAUCGCGCAGCUCGCAGAUCCUCAAUCUCACGAACCAGGCCCGCCAACUGGGCCAGCUGGUGACCACGCCCACGGGCACGGGCAUGGGACUGGGCCGCGUGGUGUCCAGCUACCCCACGCUGCAUCCGGGUGACACAUCACCGCCGUACCUCAACGACAACCUCAUGCAGAUGUCGACGAGCUUCUCCUCGCAGCCGAACAUGUACUUCCAGCCGCAGGCGCAGCAGGUCCUGCCCACGCAACUGACGGCGGCACAGAGUGCGGCUGCGGCGGCGGCACGACUCCGGCCGGCCUACUCGGUGACGAACCUGGUGUCCAGUUACCCGACGACGACGGCGGCGGCCACGACGGCGGGGGGCUAUGGCUGCAAGUACGGGGGUGGCUACGGCGUGAGUCCCUACCAGAGCGAUCUGGGCUAUCUGGGCAAUCCGCUGGCCCCCUUCCAGCAGCAGCGCCAGCUGAUGGCCCAGCAGUCGCUGCACGCCUCCAAUCCCGCCAUAUCGCAGUACUACCAGAAUCAGGGGGGGCAGAUGGGGGCAGGAUCGGCCGCCGCUCUGGCCUACAACCUGCAGCAGCAGUUCGCCGGCACGCAGCACUACGGGGGAGGAGCUCAGGGACCGCCGUUGGGACACUCGCACAUCCAGGCGUCGGUGCAGCAGCAGAUGCAUCCGCAGUACCAGUACCAUGUGCACCAGCAUCAGAAUCACCUGCAGACCCAUCCGCUGGCGGCGCUGGCCAACACGAGCGGACCCUUUGGCGGCACGCUGGCCAGCAGUGCCCGGGACUAUGUGGACGGACUGCAUCAUGCGGCCCACUCACAUACGCAUCUGCAUCCGCAUCAGCAUCAGCAUCCGAUCUCGCAUCCGCAUUCGCACCACCCAACCGCAUCGCAUCAUACGCAUCACACGGCAUAUCCGCACUCGCAUUCGCACCAUCAGCAGCUCCAGCAGCAGCAGCAUCAAGCCCACCAUCACCACCAUCUGCCAUACUCGAAACUAGACUUAGAUUACCCGAAACUGCCGCAAGAGCAUAAGCGACAACUGGACGAAUUCCGUCUUGAAAUACAGAGAAGGGAUCAAGAGAUCCUGGCGAUGGCGGCCAAAAUGAAAACCCUCGAGGAGCAGCAUCAGGACUACCAGCGGCACAUAGCGGUGCUCAAGGAGUCGCUAUGUGCCAAAGAGGAGCACUACAACAUGCUGCAGACGGACGUCGAGGAGAUGCGCGCCCGCCUCGAGGAGAAGAACCGCCUGAUCGAGAAGAAGACCCAGGGCACGCUGCAGACGGUCCAGGAGCGCAAUCGCCUCACCAGCGAGCUCACCGAGCUCAAGGACCACAUGGACAUCAAGGACCGCAAGAUCAGCGUCCUGCAGCGCAAGAUCGAGAACCUGGAGGAUCUGCUGAAGGAGAAGGACAACCAGGUGGACAUGGCGCGGGCCCGUCUGUCGGCCAUGCAGGCCCACCACAGCAGCUCCGAGGGCGCCCUGACCAGCCUGGAGGAGGCCAUCGGCGACAAGGAGAAGCAGAUGGCCCAGCUGCGGGACCAGCGCGACCGGGCCGAACACGAGAAGCAGGAGGAGCGGGAUCUGCACGAGCGCGAGGUGGCCGACUACAAGAUCAAGCUGCGGGCCGCCGAGAGCGAGGUGGAGAAGCUGCAGACGCGGCUGGAGCGGGCGGUCACCGAGCGGGAGCGGCUGGAGAUCAAGCUGGAGGCGUCGCAGAGCGAGCUGGGCAAGUCGAAGGCCGAGCUGGAGAAGGCCACCUGCGAAAUGGGCCGGAGCAGCGCCGACUGGGAGUCCACCAAGCAGAGGAUCGCCCGCCUGGAGCUGGAGAACGAGCGGCUGAAACACGAUCUGGAACGUUCGCAGAAUGUACAAAAGUUAAUGUUCGAAACGGGCAAGAUAUCGACAACGUUUGGCCGGACCACGAUGACCACGUCCCAGGAGCUGGAUCGCGCCCAGGAGCGGGCCGACAAGGCCUCAGCCGAACUGCGACGCACCCAGGCCGAGCUGAGAGUCACGCAGUCGGAUGCGGAAAGGGCACGUGAGGAGGCGGCCGCCCUGCAGGAGAAGCUGGAGAAGAGCCAGGGCGAGGUGUACCGGCUGAAGGCGAAGCUGGAGAAUGCCCAGGGCGAGCAGGAGAGCCUGCGCCAGGAGCUGGAGAAGGCGCAGAGCGGUGUCUCGCGCAUCCACGCCGAUCGUGACCGGGCCUUCUCCGAGGUGGAAAAGAUCAAGGAGGAGAUGGAGCGCACCCAGGCCACGUUGGGCAAGUCGCAGCUGCAGCAUGAGAAGCUGCAGAAUUCGCUGGACAAGGCCCAGAACGAGGUGGAUCAUCUGCAGGACAAGCUGGACAAGGCGGGCACGGAGAACCGUCGCCUGGUGCUGGAGAAGGAGAAGCUCACCUACGACUACGACAACCUGCAGUCGCAGUUGGACAAGGCCUUGGGCCAGGCGGCCAGGAUGCAGAAGGAGCGGGAGACCCUCUCCCUGGACACGGAUCGCAUUCGCGAGAAGCUGGAAAAGACGCAGGUGCAACUGGGUCGCAUCCAGAAGGAGCGGGACCAGUUCUCCGACGAGCUGGAGACGCUCAAGGAGCGCUCGGAGUCGGCGCAGACCCUCCUGAUGAAGGCGGCCCGCGACCGGGAGGCGAUGCAAACCGAUCUGGAGGUCCUCAAGGAGCGCUACGAGAAGUCGCACGCCAUCCAGCAGAAACUGCAGAUGGAGCGCGACGAUGCGGUCACCGAGGUGGAGAUCCUCAAGGAGAAGCUGGACAAGGCGCUGUAUGCCAGCCAGAAGCUGAUCGACGAGAAGGACACCUCCAACAAGGAGUUCGAGAAGAUGCUGGAGAAGUACGAUCGAGCGCAGAACGAGAUCUAUCGCCUGCAAUCGCGCUGCGACACGGCGGAGGCGGAUCGUGCCCGCCUCGAGGUGGAGGCGGAACGAUCGGGACUGGCCGCGGGCAAGGCACGCGAGGAUCUGCGCAAGCUGCAGGACGAGAGCACCCGGCUGCAGGAGGCCUGCGAUCGGGCGGCGCUCCAGCUGAGCCGCGCCAAGGAGUGCGAGGACAAUGCGCGCAGCGAGCUGGAGCACAGUCGCGAUCGCUUCGACAAGCUGCAGACGGACAUACGGCGGGCGCAGGGCGAGAAGGAUCACUUCCAGUCGGAGCUGGAGCGGGUCACCUACGAGCUGGAGCGGGCCCAUGCCGCCCAGACGAAGGCGGGCGCCAGCGUGGAGGCGGCCAAGGAGGAGGCCGCCCACUAUGCCGUCGAGCUGGAGAAGAUGCGCGACCGGUACGAGAAGAGCCAGGUGGAGCUGCGCAAGCUGCAGGACACCGACACCUUUGGCCGGGAGACGCGACGCCUCAAGGAGGAGAACGAGCGGCUGCGCGAGAAGCUGGACAAGACGCUGAUGGAGCUGGAGACCAUACGCGGCAAGUCGCAGUACGAGUCGGAGUCGUUCGAGAAGUACAAGGACAAGUACGAGAAGAUCGAGAACGAGGUGCAGAACAUGGAGUCCAAGCUGCACGAGACCAGUCUGCAGCUGGAGCUAUCCAAGGGCGAGGUGGCCAAGAUGCUGGCCAACCAGGACAAGCAGCGCUCCGAGCUGGAGCGGGCCCACAUCGAGCGGGAGAAGGCGCGCGACAAGCACGAGAAGCUGCUGAAGGAGGUCGAUCGUUUGCGCCUGCAACAGUCCUCGGUGAGCCCCGGCGAUCCGGUCCGCGCGUCGACGUCCUCCUCAUCCGCUCUGUCCGCUGGCGAGCGGCAGGAGAUCGACCGCCUGCGGGACCGCCUCGAGAAGGCCCUGCAGUCGCGCGACGCCACCGAGCUGGAGGCCGGUCGCUUGGCCAAGGAACUGGAGAAGGCGCAAAUGCAUCUGGCCAAGCAGCAGGAGAACACCGAGUCCACGCGCAUCGAGUUCGAGCGCAUGGGCGCCGAGCUGGGACGACUGCACGAUCGCCUCGAGAAGGCCGAGGCCGAGCGGGAAUCGUUGCGGCAUGCGAACAAGGCAGGCGCCGCCGCCGGUGGCGGAGCAGGUGGUGCCCCCCAUCCGCAGCUGGAGAAGCACGUGCAGAAGCUCGAGUCCGAUGUCAAGCAGCUGGCCGUUGAGCGGGAGCAGCUGGUGCUGCAGCUGGAGAAGAGCCAGGAGAUCCUCAUGAACUUCCAGAAGGAGCUGCAGGCCGCCGAGGUGGAGCUGCAGAAGACGCGCGAGGAGAACCGCAAGCUGCGCAACGGCCACCAGGUGCCGCCACCCGCCGCCGCCGCCGCCCAGCCCGCCGGAGCCUCGCCGGCCGAGAUCCAGGCCAUGCAGAAGGAGAUCCAGGCGCUGCAGCAGAAGCUCCAGGAGUCGGAGCGCGCCCUGGCCGCCGCUGGUCCCCAGCAGGCCCAGGCCCAGGCUGCAGCGGCGGCGGCAGCGGGGGCGAGUCGCGAGGAGAUCGAGACGUGGCGCAAGGUCAUCGAGCAGGAGAAGGGGCGUGCCGACAUGGCCGACAAGGCGGCCCAGGAGAUGCACAAGCGCAUUCAGCUUAUGGACCAACACAUCAAGGAUCAGCACGCCCAAAUGCAGAAGAUGCAGCAGCAGAUGCAACAGCAGCACCAGCAGGCGGCGCAGCAGCAGCAAAGCGCAGCAAGUGCCGGUGGAGCGGACGCCAAGGAACUGGAGAAGGUCAAGGGCGAGCUGCAGGCGGCCUGCACCGAGCGAGAUCGCUUCCAGCAGCAGCUGGAACUUCUGGUCACAGAGCUGGAAAAGAGCAAGAUGUCCAACCAAGAGCAGGCCAAACAGCUUCAAACAGCACAGCAACAAGUGCAGCAACUACAACAGCAGGUGCAACAGUUGCAGCAGCAGAUGCAACAACUGCAGCAGGCUGCCAGUGCGGGAGCUGGCGCCACCGAUGUGCAGCGCCAGCAGUUGGAGCAGCAACAGAAGCAGCUGGAGGAGGUGCGCAAGCAGAUUGACAACCAGGCCAAGGCCACCGAGGGCGAGCGCAAGAUCAUCGACGAGCAGCGCAAGCAGAUCGACACCAAGCGCAAGGACAUGGAGGAGAAGGAGAAGAAGAUGAUCGAGUUCGAUGUUCAGUUGCGCAAGCGCAAGGAGCAGAUGGACCAGCUGGAGAAGUCGCUCCAGACGCAAGGAGGCGGCGCAGCGGCCGCCGGCGAACUCAACAAAAAGCUCAUGGACACUCAGCGACAGUUGGAAGCAUGCGUCAAGGAGCUGCAAAACACAAAGGACGAGCACAAGAAGGCGGCAACCGAAACGGAGCGUUUGCUGCAACUGGUACAAAUGUCGCAGGAGGAGCAGAAUGCCAAGGAGAAGACCAUCAUGGAUUUGCAGCAAGCCUUAAAGAUCGCUCAAGCCAAAGUCAAACAAGCACAAACGCAACAACAGCAGCAGCAGGAUGCUGGGCCAGCUGGCUUCUUGAAGAGCUUUUUCUAAACAGUGCCCCCGAGAAAACAGAAAAUAUACACAUCUACAGAUGCAGAUAAGGCAAAAGGAAUACACCCGUACUAUUUACCCAAAAGCGAUAAUGAAAAACCAAAACAGCAAGAAAUUACCAAAAGCACUGUCUACUAUUUUGUAUACUACCGAUGCCGAUACCAAUACCAACUAUGCAGUAUUUCUACGACUCACACACACUCACUAUACACAGACACACACACACACACACACACACACACACAUUUGUAAAUGACACCAUGUAAAUGCAAUGCGAAAUGCAAAUUAUUUGAUAUUUAUGUGUAUUGUGUAAUUAGGUUGCCGCUAUACUCAAAUUGUGGAUGCAUUUAAAAGUCAGCUCGUAUAGCGUACUUUGAAAACUCUCUUAACUUUCUCUAACUCACUAACUCAAUCCUUUUUCGAACUCAAACUCGAACUCAACUUAAAGUUUAUCGUUAGCCAAGACACCUUAUUAGCCCAAAUUUCCCCUUGAGAGCUUUCUGUCCCUCACUUUCUCUCUGUCGGUCGGAGCUGCAGAACUUAGACUACGUCCUCGGGCACUGCAUCCCCCUAGUCAACCCAAUACUAUUUCCAGUAAGACCCACCCAGCCCCACAUCAGCCAUCAGUUUUCCCACUGCGCGAAUGUGAUGAAAUCGAAACGAGGAGAAAAGCGAAGGGGUAAUUGCAUUACAAUUGAAGAAGCAACCAACUGAGUGCUGCUUUGGACCCAGAGUGCAGCAUGUACUUACAAUUAUCGACGAUAUAUAUAUAUAUAUAUAUGCUAGCCUCUGUUAUAGUUAGUUAAACAUGAACAUCAGCCCAUCAUACGCCCACACAAUCACACUGUACAUAAAGCAUUGGCAUCAGACUCAAAGCGGAAAAGGUAUAUCUAUACAGAUACGGAUACAAUAUGUAGAGCAAUAAAUGAUAAACCACAGAUAAUACAAAUAUGAUAUGGACACAAGCAACAUAUAUUCAAAAUAUGUAUGUGUACAUGUAAAUUGUAGUUACAUGCAUUGCGAUUAAAAAAAUUAUAUUGCCUAGCCUUUAGCCGUGUACCAAAGAACUAUCAAUAUAAACCCGAAAAGAGAACGGAGAACACUACCUACCAUUCGUAUCAGCUAAUAUGGAUAUUAUCGAUAGAAAUAAACUCGAACAUCAACUACAAACAAGUGCAAUCUCUAUUUUAAUUAGUUAAAUCUACACGAUAUCCCCACGUUCCUUAGCCCCCGACAAAAUAGAUCGAGUCCAUUACGCAAGCUUUACCCAAGUCAGCUGUGAAUGCGCAUUAGUAAGAGUACUUAUAAAGUAGAUCGAUAGUUUCAGGAUCACUCGUAAGUGUUGCUUUUGGUUUAGAUGAAGUGCGAAAAGUGUUAUUGUUAUCAGACAUUAAUGACUUAUACCCCUAUAAUGCAUAUUUACAUAGCUAUGGCGGAAUAGUAGCAAAGUGUGUACAAACUGUAGAGUACCAAAUUUAAAUAGCAGGAAAUUAGUGUUUUUAUUGAGUCCAUUUCCGUUGCCUAUAAUUUACUUAGAAGGAAGCAUAAAUCGGGAAGUGGAAAUAUUACGUGAGAUAACGUAGAACGAAGUAAGGAGUUAUCACUGCCAGUGUAAGCAAGAAUAUUGAUAGAGUGGAAAUUUAAGGUCCGUUUAAUCCUAGGGCUUAUCAUUAGAUUAUCAUUUGACUUUCGGUUACUAUAGAAAACCAACCACGAAGACAUUCAGCAAACGACGAAGCAAAAGACACAACACAAUCAUAUCAUACAAGCCUAUAUCAUAACCCAAGAACGAAAGGAAAGUAGACCCUAGAGGGAAACUCUUUAGCGCUUUAAAUUAUCCUCAGAUCCUUCCACGCAUACUAGACGAAUGGAGAUCGAUUGUUCAAUUGAUAGAGUACCCCUCCACCACUUAGGUAAUCGAUUAACGACCAAGUAAAUUACGAUAUAGCUGCACUCUUUGCUUUGAUUUCAGUUCUGCGAUCGUUCGAUUUGUGUACAUAAGUUAGGGUCCUCCUUUUCGCCCCAUUUUCUCGCCAAAAAAAUAAAAGUUCCCCAACAAGUUCCUAUACCAGGAGCCUCGGGUUUUACGGUGCAGCUGAAGGGUAGGAAACAAUACGAGUUCGCGAGUCAAGUAACAAUUAGUAACAUCUUCAUGCUCGACAGAAGUGUACAUAAGUGUCUAGUUAUGUAAGCAUGACAGGAACUGUAUAAUAUAUGAAAUUUUACUAUAUACGAUAUAAUGUAAUCAUCAAUCUAUAUGCAGACCAUUAAGAACACGAGAACAAUUAACUAUCGACAAAUCAAACCGAACAAACUUCACCGUAGGACACAUUACUCUGGCUACCGAAGCUAAAAACAAGUUAAACACCACGUUGACAAUACAACCACCCACAAAAAAACACACUUUGACACCAAAAAAACACCCUUUGAACACGCCCACACAAUGACGACCCAUUAAGGAUGGAUGAAAGCCAACAUAUCUGCAGCAAGAUAGCGCUAAUCUCAUGUUAACCGACGACAAAACAGAUGAUAUCAUUGCGAAGCAACAUUUUGAAAGCGAUUUCCUAACGCUGCCAGUUAAUUUCUUGGUCACUUGGUCACUCAGUCACUCAGUCACUCAGUCACUUUCACCUUCGAUCUCGAUCUCGAUUUCCAGUUAUAGAAGAUGAAACGUUUGCCUUUAACUACUUAACUUAACUUACCACGUAUCGUAUUGUUAGCCUAGAUAGACUCAAUUACAGCAGCAGCAGCAGCAGCAGUGACGAACAAACUGAGAAUAAGAACAUGAACUAACGGUCUAUCUACUUAUAGUAUUUGCCGUAAACACUUUAAUCAUAUUAUCCCCGCCGUCGUGUACCCUACUUACAAAUACAAAUACAAUUACAAAUACAAAUACGAAUAAAAAACUAACGAAUAGCAAGGAAAGCUUCGACAACUUUUUCUAUACAAAAUCUAGCGAAAAUAACAAAUGAUAAAUCAAAUGAUAACAAGCAAAAACCCAAAAUCUCGAAUAAUGUAAUUUAGCAAAUUGUAAACUCAAUAUAGGCACACACACACACACACAUGAACACACACACACUCUAACACAGACCCGAAUAUCAGGCGAGAAAUGAUGACAGAUUAAAUGAAUUUAUAUGGGAAAGCCUCGAUCGAGAGUCGAUCGAGCAAUACCUAUCGAUGAAUUAACCCCAGUGUGUACUUCUCUGUACAUAGACCUAUAUAUAUAUAAUUAUUUAUGACUAGAGCAAAGCAUACGAUAGAUGAAAAUAUAGGAAUAUACGGAUACAAAAACAUAUACAUAGCAGAUAUGGAAAGAGAGCGCAAAUUAUAUAGAUACUUCAAGCAUCAUCCAUCAAAGAUCAAGGCCGAAGAUCGUAGUCGGAGCAAAAACUUGCAUAGAGAGGAGGAGGCAGAGCAGAAGUGUAGGCCCCAAGACACCAAAACACCCCAAACCGAAUCCGAUACCGAAAUAUCCGAAAUAUCCGCAAAGAAAUGAGAAAAACAAACAACAAUUUCGUGUAAACAUUUUUUUAAACAAGUUUGGUGAUCUACGAUAUUGGUAAUAAUUAUUGAUAAAUAAAAAAUAAAAUAAAAUAAAAGGAUAUA